UGUUCUAUUUUAGGUGUUCUGUGAUGGUUCGAUCCCGCCAUUUUUCGAGGUUAGUGUCGUUUUCAAGUUAUCGAUUACCUGCUAUACAAAAUUAACGUUAUAUUCGUGCUGCAGCUGCUACUUUCGCGAAAAUACAAAACAGUAAAAACGUUAUCCAAAGAUGUCUGAAGAAACAAGCAACCAAACCCCUGAUACCGGUGAUGAACCAUCUGUUGAGGCUGAACCCAGCGAGGUUCCCGGAUCUGCCGAAGACAACGAUGGAGGCGAUGGAGAUGCAGUUACGUUGACCCUCAAUGAAGUCUUGGAGUUAGAAGAAGAAAUGAUGGAAGACACAGCUGCUGUCUUAGGUGCAGCCAGUGACAAAACUUGUUCGUAUACAGAUGAUUACAUCAAACGACAAGCUUUGUACUCUUGCCUCACAUGUAUUCCUGAAGCUAAAGAUGACCCUGAGAAAGCCGCUGGGGUGUGCCUAGCUUGUAGCUACCAUUGUCAUGAAGGCCAUGAUCUUGUUGAGCUGUAUACCAAGCGCAACUUUUGUUGUGAUUGUGGUAACAAGAAGUUCCCUGAAGAUCACAAGUGUACCCUCUGCCCAGACAAAAGGGAUACCAACAUCUUGAAUACCUACAAUCAGAAUUUCUCAGGAGUGUAUUGCGUUUGUCAUAGGCCGUAUCCUGAUCCUGAUGACCCAGUACCAGAUGAGAUGAUUCAAUGCAUCAUUUGCGAAGAUUGGUAUCAUAGUAGGCACCUGGGAACUGUUGUACCUUCUGAUAACUUUGCUGAGAUGAUUUGUGAGGGAUGUGUGACAAAACAUGAGUUUCUUCUUCACUAUGAUGCUUUUUGUUUGAAUAAAUCUGAGGCAGAACAAGAUACAGAGCAAGAAAAACCUUCAGAAGUGGUUAAUGUUGAAGCAAGUUGUAGCAGUGACUGUAAGAAACCUAAAGAGAAAGGAUCAACAGUAUGCGCCAAGUUUUGGACUGAAAUGAUCUGGCGUAAAGAACUCUGUAAAUGUGAGACGUGCCUGAAGAUAUAUGAAACAGAAAAUGUUGCUUUCUUAUUAGAUCCUGAAGAUCCAGUACAGCUGUAUGAAGAAAGAAGCAAGGCUAAGGCUAAAGAACUUGCUGAAACUCACAAUCAACAGCUUGAUGACAAGUUGAAAAACUUUGAUCGAGUUGCUAUGAUCAACUGUAUUGAAGGUUACAAUGAUUUGAAGGAGAAACUUGCAGAGUUUUUGAGAGGAUUCGCUGGUACUAAAAGGAUUAUCCGGGAAGAGGAUGUAAGGGAAUUCUUUGAUACUAUGCAGGCUCGCAAGAAGCAGAAAAUUGAAAGUGGGGGACAAUACUUUUGUCGCUGAUAAUAUUAAUAAAAAAUUGUAUUACUAUAGGUUUUUUAUGUGCUCUUAGUAUGUAUGGGUAUUAUUUUGUACUGUUUUUUGUAUCAAGUGAUACAUUUAAAUAAUAAUUUAUAAAACUUUUGUGAAAGCUUGAACUUUCACUUCAUAUUGUAGGUUAUACUGGUAUAAUUUAAAAUUUUAAUACUUAAUCUGAAUUCUGCUUUCAAGUAGGGGUCAUCUUUCAUUGAAAUUAUUUUUUUAUGAAGCAUUAUAUAUAUACUUGUUCUACUCUGUUUUUUUUAUCUUGCAAAAAUAUCAAUAUCCCCACAAGUACAAAAAAAACAGUCACAGUAGGGUAUUUUCGCUGAAAAACAAAUUAGCCAUAAUUCCACCUAUACAUGGUGUUUCAAAAUUGACCCUCAACAAUGGGAUCACGGAAACUGUAACAGAUGUGAAGUCGUUUAAAUGGGAG